CUCUCCCAGCCGCCAGCCUGCAAUUCAGAGGAAAGCUGCUGGGCCGAUCCCAAGAGGCGAUCAUCUGAGGAGCCAGGCUGUUCCUCCGCCGAGCCGACUACCACGCGGAAAUCCGAGGGCGACCAGCGUGUCCUGCAGCCAUAAAAAACACCCCGUGUGUUGGGCAGCUGCCCGUCUCGAUAUCCACCACCAGGCACCACAGGAGGCCAAGGGAGGACGCGGUGCACCGUGAGCGCUCCUGCCUGCCUCGCAGCCUGGAUUCACCUAGGCGAGGGGGCGGCCAGUGAAGUUGGCCCUUGUCUGCCUUUUGGCCGGGGAGGAGAGCAGAGGGCCGGCAGCCCGCAGCUCUUCCUCCAGCGAUGCCCGGCCCGGCCUAGGCUCCCCUCGGGGGAGACGACUCUUCCUCGCCUGCUCAGGAGCGUUCUGCCGGGCGGCUUGCUCUCUGGGCCACAGAAUGAGGGCUGCCGCCGCCGCCACCCACUCUGGGCCUGGAGCGAGCAGCUGAAACCAGGCGGCGGCGGCGGCGGCGCUGACGCUCUUCCUGGCGUGGAGACCAUCAGCUGCUCGGGAAAACUUCGCCUGCGACAUUUCUGGGAGCCGCCGGGCAAGUUGGAAGUGAGGAGGCGGGAGCCCUGCGUGGGGCUCAGCGGCAGCCGCCAGCCUGCAGCGCGUUAAAAGGGAAGCACGGAGGGCCGCCAGCUCCAGCCCUGACCGCCAGGAAGGCGCAGCGGCUGCCCCUUUAAGGCCGGAGUUCUGCGGCGAGGCUGCCGGGGAGGGAGCGGGUGGUAUCUCCUCCCCGCGAGUGACACAGCAGCUCCAGCUGCCCUAUCAGGAACUCCAAGCCCGCAAACUCCGCCUUCCCAGGCGAGGAAACGGGGGCGGGGGGGCCACUGUAGUGAGCGCAGCGAGACGAGCGUGAAUCACUCGCAAACUGCACCGCCAGGAUGAACUUGUCGGGAACGUAGGAGGAGAGGCAGCGAGCGCGGCGCCGGCUGGCUUCUUGUCCUCCCCGGCCUCUUCCUCCGGCGGGCGGCUGGGUUUAGUCCGGGACCGUCAAACUGGAUGUAAAAAGCUGGUGGGUCGCCAGUCCAAGAUGCUUCUGGUUUCCCCGCGGGUAGAAGCACCACGCAUGGAGCCGCAUAUUCCGUUACAGGGAUCGAUUAAGAGAAAGGUGGAAGAUGACAGCUCCUCAGCUUCCAACACCAUGCCUGAUGUCAUCUUCCCAAGCGACAGUAAGAGACUUUGUCUUGAUGAUGUCACUCUUUCUAUGGGACAAGGGGCCAAUCCCGUUUCAUGCCCAGAUAUGCAGCACUCUCCAUUCUCUACCAAUCACAGUGCAUCCUCGAUGGGUGUGACGGGUCAUGGAAUGCUGCUUGAAAAUAAUCACAUGAAUGGCAGCAGUAUAGGGUCUCCAUUUUCAGUUCCGCCCAAUGCUGAAGUAGGACAGAAGGGACCCAUUGGUGGCCAAAACAGUAUGGGCCAUUAUGAGGAGAAAGGGAGCAACAUACAAUCUGUGCACAUACCAUCUGUGGACCAGGAGCUACAGGAUCUGUUAGAGGAGCUGACGAAAAUGCCUGACCCUUCCCCCAAUGAGCUGGACCUUGAGAAGAUCUUGGGAAGCAAAACCGAGGAGUCCCUGGGGAGUCUGGGCCACUCGCAGCCGCCCAUAAACAACACUCCAAAGUCCUCUCCACAGACGCCCCAUUUGGACAACCACGUCCCCAGCAAAGACUUUUCUCCAGGGUGCAUCCCUACGAGUGGCGGAUCACCCCAAAUGAGACCCUCCUCAGCUGGAGCAAGCUACCCAGUUCCAUCCCAAAACAAGCCUGUUGCUUCACCCAUCUCUUCGACCGUCCCAAGCAAGAGCCAAGCUCAGUCUAUGCUCCCAGUCUCUUUGCCCAGCAUGACUGGCUCUAACUGGCAUGCACAGCAGCUGAAGCACCUGGCGGCAGCAAGCAAACAGGUGCCGACGACUAAGCACCAAGGGCCUAGCUGGCCCACCAUAUCCUCACAAGGCCUCUCUCCCCCUUACCGGCAAGGAUCUUCCCCUCACCAUCAGCCAUUCAGCCCUCAGAACGUCAUGGUAUCUAGCAUGAGCUCCAAUGGCUUGCCAGGAAGCAACAUUCAGAGUCCUCAGAACCCUUUGCUCUCAAGCAUAACGUCCAAUAGUAACCCGUCCAGUGGCCCAUCUCCUCCUUUUGGAUCUGAGAAACUUUCCAGCCCAGUCCUCAACCAGCAGCCGUUCAGCCCUCCGAAUCCCAUCCUUUCCAACAUUUCCGCCACCAGCAUUCCGACCAGCAGCAUCAAAAGCCCUCAAAGCAACCUGGUGUCUACAAAUACUGGACCCUCCCCACCAUAUAGACCAGAGAAACUUUCCAGCCCUGCUCUGCACCAACAGCCCUUCAGCCCUCAAAGUACCUUAAUUCCAAACAUCACUCCCACCAGCAACCCAAGCAACAUGCAGAGCCCUCUCUUCAAAUCUAUGUCGGCAACCCAGUCCAAAAACAUGAACAUGAUUAUACAUCCGUCGUCCAACGGCUUGCAGCCGGGCCUGGUGACUGAAGGCCCUGUUGCCCAAGACCAGUUCUCUUUUAACAACACCAAGCCACUAUCCCAUUUCACUUCGGAGUCCACAACUCCUCAGAAAAUGUCGCCAAUGCCUUCGGGCCCUGGACAGCAAUCGCUCAUUCACUAUCUGCAGCAGCAGCAGCAGCAGCAGCAGCAACAGGUGGCAACGUCGCAACAGUCCCAGCAAGUUAGCAGCCAGUAUCUUCAGCAGCAGCUGCGCCACCUGAUGCAGCCCUCUCGGAUGCAGCGGCACGUGCAGCCAACUCCAUUGCUGUCUCAAGCUCGGCAGGACCAACCCCCUGGAAUUGUUGCUAGACUUCAGGAACCAGGAGCUGCCCCACCUGCAGGUUCAGUGCCUGCUCCGGCUCCAACCAUGGUGAAUGGUUAUACCAUGAGGAACCAUCUACUAAAGCAGCAAAUCAUAAGGCGGCAGCAACAGCUGCAGGAAAAGCAGAGGCACAGCAUGCUGGGAGUGGCAUCCGAGCAAAGGAGUUUUGUGGGCCAGCAGAUGAAUCAGUUUCCUGCAGUCUCCCAGACCAUGCCGACUGAUUGUAGCCAGCCUAUGCAGACUCCUCCCCGCAACCACCGUAUGAUGCCAUCCCCCCAGGGCAUCUUGCAGAACACCUUGGCCUCUGGGAUCGCGCCGGCUGCUGUGAACCAGAACAGCGGGGCAAUGGUGAUGAUGCCACACAACUCCGGCAAACAGCCGGGAAUGUUCCCACCGAAUUCAGAUUUCAAUCUCCCACUCCGGCCGAGCCAAAGCUCAUUGGGCAUCAAUUCAGGGUGCCAAACGGUCCACAGCCAUCCUGCAGCUCGGCCAGGCAUGGCCCUGUCGGGCUUUACCGCCGGUUCUUUAGUGAAUCACUCUUCUGCCCAGCAGCACUUGAGACAGCCAGCACUGCCAGCCAUGCCCAACAUCUACUCCAAUGCCUCUGCGCAGAUGUGGACACAAACAGGGGUCCCACGGAUGCCCAAUCAAACUCCAAUGGACACCAGCAUGCAGCAGCAGUUUGCCAGUAACCCUCUCUUCUCCAAACAGAAUACAAGGCCCAAUAUUCCAGGUCAGCCAUUUUCCCAUCAGGCUGUGGUACCUCCCAAUCGCAUCGCUCCCGGAGUCCAGGCUAGACAAAUGCAAAAAGUCAGUCUUGGGCAGCCUGGGCAGAGUUUGGGCACUCUGAAUAAUCAGAACCUGAGACACAAUUUGACCAGGGGACCUUUGCCAGCUGCAAUGAAUGUUAUGAAACCGAUGCCCCAAGGCGUGUCAAGUUUUAACCAGCUCGGUUCCGCUCAAGCAGUCGGCCCACCAAGUUAUCCCGGCUCCACUGGCCAGCCCUCGGGAACGUUCAACAGAAUGAACACGGCCUCUGAGUUGCCGCCCCAAUACAACUACGUGACCCAGCAGAACAAUUCCGUUUUGCCCGGGAACUGCAAUGAGGCAGACUUUAUCGACUCGCUCAUGAAGAGCGGCGGCGGCAGCACGGACGAGGACUGGUUAAAUAAUUUGACAAUGAUAGAUGACAUUUUGGGGCAGCAUGUCCAAAGUUCUGGACACGUGUAACUCUGGACGGAAAGCAGAGGGACCCCGGGUAAAUCUCUGUGCAGGACUCAUAACAAAAAGAAAUGUUAAACACAAAUCCUCCCCCAUCUUUCAGUGACGAAAAAAUGAACUUGCCCAACGAAACUCUUCACCUUUCUCCCAGGUUUUUCGAACGACUGUGUAUAUUUGAAUAUUUGUAAAUUAUGUUUUCCUAUACAUUAAAUAUAGAAGUAUUUAUACUUCUUUGGACUCUUUGUAAAUACCCUAUAGACUACUCCUUUUUGCUUUGCUUUGUUUUGUUAUAUGAUAGGAUUUGAAUUACACCUUGUUCUAAAUAUGCAAAUAUUAUUGUUAGUUUCAGUAAUACUGUGUAUUACAGCAUCAAAUAUUUUAUGUUUUUGACAUAACUUACAAACUAGGGGUGUUCCAGCAAACAGAAUAAACGGGAAGAAAGCACUGUAAUACUACUUACCUCCCUGUCCCCUCCCCUGCCCUGCGGCAAACUAAUGUAACUGAUUAGCUGAAUUAAAAAUCCAUUUUGAUCUUACGGACAAGACGGUCUUCAGCUGGCCCGGAGAUUCACUUAUUGAAUGACCCAUGGUGGCAAGCACCUCUGCUAGACUGAAGGUGCCGACAAUCCUUUUGCCCUUCUUUUUCUCAGAGUCUUGCUGCUGUUGACACAUGCAUGUUCUUACUCAGCAACUUCGGCAUCAGGGCUUAACUCACCUGUGUGAAUAAGCCACAGGCAGGGUUUCGGUAUCGCCUCAGUGUGUUCAUCCGCAUGUUCAACCACAAGCCCAUCAGGCGACUGAUCCGGUGAUGAUGUACAUGCCUGUGUGAACCAGCCCACAGAGCAAUAAAGUUGUUGAGCAGAGACUAUAUGAAGUGCUGUUGUGCAAAGUUCUCUGUACCAGAAGAGCGUUGAACCAGUCUGAAAAUAUGCCUCUAGCCAUUCAAUGAUAAUAACCGCUUCCUGGUUUGCCCACCCCGACAAUGUAUAUUUGUAGUGUACAGGUGAUUUGUUCCUGGUUUAAAAAAAUAAUAAUUUGUAUUUUCUUCUCUGUUUUUAAUAUGAGGCGCUCUCUUUUUCUCCCCUCACCCACCAAAAGAAAAUGUCUAUAAACGCAAAUAGCUUAAUUCUGGAUGUUUUUCCUGUCAUAUGUAUAUUUAAGAGUCUGUUUAUAAAAGAAAUCCGUUGUACUGUAAACUUCUUCAAAAAUGUUCAUACUUUGUGUAAUCAUAUUUUAAUAGCCACAUCAUUCUCCAUUUGUAAGAUAACGUCCACUUCAAGCACACCAAAAUGUUUUUCCUUCAUACCAUAAUAAAAACUGCCAGGGAAAAAUUGCACUCA